AUGCUAACUAAAGGAGCUGCAGAUAACGCUUUCGAGGGAAUAAAGGUCAGUAGAACAGGCCCUUCCGUGUCCCACCUCUUUUUUGCAGAUGACUCUCUAAUCUUCUUCAAAGCCUCUCCUAAAGCGUGUGAAGGAAUAAAAAACAUUCUGGAUAAGUUCAGUCGAUUAUCAGGUGAAGUCAUCAAUUUCCAUAAGUCCCUGAUCAUGUUUAGUCCUAAUACGCCACCAAGUUGUAGAUUUCAAAUGCGGAGCAUUGUAAAUACUCCCUCAGCGGAAGCUCUUGGGAAAUAUUUAGGUAAUAAUAUAGAGGUGAAUGGUAGGAGCUCCAGAAUGUUUCUUCCUUUAGUUGAAAAGGUUGAAAAGAGAUUGUCAAGUUGGCAUAAUCUAUCUCUCUCGCUAGCGGGGAGAGUCAUUCUCAUCAACAGUGUCCUCUCUAUGCUUAGCUUGAACAUUCUUAGCGUUUUCCUUAUUCCCAAGUUAACUGCGGAUAAGUUAAACUCGAUCUUUGCAAGAUUUCUAUGGGCAGGAUCCCGAGCUACAAAACCGAUUUUUUGGAAGGGAAGAACAUCCCUGGAAUUGCCCAAGGGAAGUGGAGGCCUAGGAAUUCGUAACGUCCAUCUCUUCAAUAAAGCUCUACUUGCCAAACAAGCAGUCAGGAUCCACCAUGCAAGUAACUCUCUGAUAGCCCAAGUCUACCAUGCAAAAUAUAAAACAUCUCCAGUAAACUUUUCUUUAAAUAAGUUCAAAUUGAGUAGAGCCACUUGGGGCUUUCAAGGGCUUUGCAGAGCUGUCCAGGAUUGUCAGGAAGGUUUCGUAAAGAUAAUAGGCGACGGUUCCGAUACUCAAAUAACAGAAGACAAAUGGUUAAGAGGAGACCCGAUUAAGGUAAAGCCUGGGAUCAUCCUGCAAGAGCAAGGACUUCAGACAGUAAGUAAUCUGAUAAUCUCAGAACGGAAAGCGUGGAAUACAGAGCUCAUAUGGAAAACAUUCUUGCCCGAGACCUCUAUUAGAAUUCUCUCAACCUAUAUUCCGAAGGAGAGUUUUAAAGACUAUUAUGCAUGGAGUGAGUCUAAACACGGGUCAAUUAAUGUGAAGGAUGUUUACAUAUUCUAUCUAAAGCAAAAAGGAGCCCUGGAGAUGCAACAGAAUAGGAGGAAAUUUUGGAAUAAUCUUUGGGCCUCGGACCUUAGACCAAAAUGGAAAAUAUUUGUUUGGAGAAUUCUUCAAAGAGCUCUCGCCACCAACACCAACCUGAGCAAGCGUAACAUCCCUGUGAAUGAAACAUGUCACUUCUGCCAUCGUUUCCGAGAAAAUGAAACUCAUUUAUUUAGGGACUGCGAUAUUUCAUCGCGUAUCUGGUCAGCCUCAACGCUAGGAAUCUCGACUCACUCAAGUCGGUCUAUACCCAUUGACGAGUGGAUAAGGAAUUUUCUUCAAUUAUUCUGGAAAGAGGAUGGACGGAGGUCAGAGCGAGUCAGGGAGUUUGUGGUUACACUCUGGUCGAUAUGGCUACACAGAAACAAUGUGGUGUUCAGAAACUUGUUUGAGGACCCUUUAAUCAUCAUCCAUAGGAAGAACAUCAUACUUAGGGAGUUUGACGAGAGUGAUAAUAUAAAAGGGAAUCACCUCAAGAUUACUGCACCAUCAUCCAUUACUCACCAAGGGCCCCUGAGUUCUCUGAUUGAGUCCAGACAUAGAGAUAUAUGCGUCAUUUUAGUGGACGGAGCGUGGAAAAGAUAUCAGGAAAAACACCCAAGAGCGGGUAUAGGGUGGAUAGCUCACGUUAAUGGAAGAAAAGUUUUUGAAGGGAACGCAGCAGUUAUAACUACUUCGUCUCUGCAAACAGAAGCACUUGCGGUUCAUAAGGGGUUGUGGGAAGCUCAUUCCAGAAAUAUUCGAAGCAUACAAAUCCUGUCAGACUCGACAGAUAUUGUCCGAGCGAUGAGUAGUCAGCAACACGCGUUUGAGAUUAUUUCAAUAAUGCAUGACAUCAAAGCCAUUUGCCGGGGAUUUCAGCAUUGGGAAAUUAAAAAAGUAAAUAGGAACGAAAUAAAUCUAGCGCAUAACCUAGCUGUAUCAGCUAGAUUAGGUAAAUUAGUUUAG